GCGUGAACUGUGUAUUCCGCCUCGCAUCCAGCCCUAGGAUACGGGAACACCAUCAAGAUGGCGGUCUACAACACGUCACGCUUCAUCGACGGACUCCUCAAGACCCACGAAACGUCACCGCCGUCGUUCACCGUGCGGCUAUACCGCGAACACUGGACGCUGAACAACGGAUCCAAAUUCUUGUAUAAUAACCAAAUCGCAUCUCUGUUGGAUGAUAUCCGUACACGACAUAUACCUGUAGACUUCCUCGAGCUGUUCGAUACCGCGAAGCUGCCAUUCUACGAAGGAUGUCUGAUUGUGGAGUUGCUUGAUUAUCGCCCAAACAGGAGCACCGAUCCGGAGCUAGAACAGCCAGAGGCCAGCCGAGUGGUCCUGACUCCUAACGACGAAUCUCGGUGGACAGACAUUUGCCUUAUGAACCAGAAGACAGGGCUUACUUGGACCGACGCAGACUCCAUCGAAAUCGAGGCCCGUUUGUUGAUGGCCACUGCGCCUCCGCUCUGUCUGGUGCCAGAUGUACACUUGACGCGCAUCAUCAAUGCAACCCAGAGAACUACGACACCACCCGUGCCUCCCACGCUCAAGCGCAAGGCAUCUGCCAUGGACCAGGAAGCCGAUGAGAUCGAGAAGGCUCGUCGCGUCAAGAUCACGCAGUUCAUGAAUCCUCGGGGUCGAUCAACGGUGCCAACAUAUCGCAUCUUGGACGCGAUCCAGAAGGCGAAACUCGCGAAAGAACAGGCACCACCACCACCACCUAUCCACCCCGCCCCACCACCAACCGUACCUACAACGGCGUCCCCACGUCCCCAAGUGACAACCUCCGCGCAACCAGC